AUUUUAUUAAUUUAAUUUAAUAAAUUUUAAUUUCAUAAUGAAACUUAUUCGUACGAUAUUUUUCUUUUCAAUUUUAUUCACUCAUCAUGUCAUAAAUGUAUUUUCUUACAAAGAUUGGCUUAGUUUCGGUGGAACUGGUAUAAAUAAUAAUCGUAACGGUGAUGAAGAGGAAAUAAUUUCUCCAAUUAAUGUCGGUUCUUUAAAGGUUAAGUUUAUUGUUGAGACAGGGAGUUCAGUUUCAGCUACUCCUGUUACUUUUCAAAAUAAUAUUUAUUUUCCUGAUUGGUCAGGAAAUUUAUAUUCGGUAAAUGCACAAACGGGUCAAAUUAAUUGGGCUUAUAAUAUAUCACUAUCAUAUAUACCACAACCAUCAGAUCCGAGAGUCUUAAGUCGCACAACUAUUGCAAUAGAUCCCGUAGAAAAAUUAUUAGUAUUUGGAACUCAAGUUUCAGAUAAUGGUUCAAAUCCUUAUAUCGUAGCUGUUGAUCUUGAUGGUAGACUUGUUUGGAGUACAUUACUUGAUAAUCAUCCUCAUGCAAUUAUAACACAAUCUGCUACAAUUUAUGAUGGUGGCGUAUAUGUUGGAGUUUCUUCAAAAGAAGAAGCAGCUUCAUCAAGUAUACCAAAUUAUCAAUGUUGUACUUUUAGAGGAAGUUUUGUCAAGUUAGAUUUAAAAACUGGUAAUAUUAUUUGGAAAACUUUUAUGUUACCUGAUAACAAUGGUAGAUCUGAUUUAUAUUCUGGAAAUGCGGUUUGGGGUUCUGCACCAGCAAUUGAUCCUGUAAAUAAAUUGGUUUAUAUUGCUACCGGAAAUAAUUAUGAGACUCCGAGCUAUGUAGCAGAUUGCGUAGCAAAUGCUACGAAUAGUGUAGAUAUGAUGAAAUGUCAUGAUCCUAAUAAUCAUUUUGAUGCUAUACUUGCAUUAAAUAUAGAUACAGGAGAAAUAGUAUGGUCAAGAAAAACAGCAGGAUUAGAUAAUUGGACUGUUGCCUGUGUUUUUAAUCAAACGAAUCCACAAAAUUGUCCAACUCCGGCUGGACCUGAUUAUGAUUUUGGUCAGGCGCCCUUACUUGUUAAUACAUGUUAUUCGUCUGGCGAAUGCAUUCAACUUGUUAUUGCAACUGCAAAAUCAGGGAUUACAUGGGCAUUAAAUGCUGCCACUGGCGAAAUUAUUUGGUCUACUAAUUCUGGUCCCGGAGCCGUGGGUGGCGGAUCUCUAUUUGGCUGCGCGACUGAUGGAAAAAGAUACUUUGUAUCACAAGCAAAUGCUAAUAAUCUGCAAUAUGUAUUGGAUAAACCUGCACCAGGUAGUCCAUCUACAAUAUAUAGUGGUGCAAUUGUGGCGCUUGAUAUUACAACAGGAGGAAUAUUAUGGCAAACAGCAAAUAAAUUACAAUCUGGCGGAACAGCUCCAAUAUCAUAUUCUAAUGGGGUAGUUUAUUAUCCAAGUUACGAUACUAAUGGUACAUUAUUUGCUUUAAACGCUGAAACUGGUGAAACUUUAUUCGAAUUUCAAACCAUAGGAGCGCUUAAUUGUGGUCCAAGUAUUGUUAAUGGUGUUGUAUAUGUUGGAAGUGGUUAUGGUCAAGCGGUGAAUAAUAAAGUUUACGCUUUGGCUCCUUUGUAAUCAUAGUUAUAGUUGAUUAUAUAUUGUAUAUUACUUAUUUACUUUUAUUGUAUUGAUAAUAAUGUAUGAUUAGAUAAUUAAUUUACAUGUAAGCAUCAAAUUUAGUACUGUAAUUAAUAAAAUC